AUGCUUCUCUGUGAUUUUGUCGUGAAAAAAGCUCUCGUUUUUUCGAAACUCAGACAGAAUGAUUCUCAGGUUUUGGAAUUCAUCGAUGAACACGGAAAUGAAGUUUUGAAUCUGGGAUCUUUUACCCUUCUACCGCAACAUGUAGUGAGGCUAAUUUUGUCGAGAGAGGAAUUGCAAGCUGAUGAAUUCACAAAAUUCCAAGCGGCCUUGAUGUGGGGUAAGAAAUACUGCGACAGCGAUCCGAACGCCAGCAUAAAGGAUGUCAUCGGCAACUUCAUCGACUACAUUCAGUUUCACAAGAUUCCCGCCAACGCGCUGAUGCGGGACAUACAUCCUUUGGGCCUGGUACCGUACAACAUCAUCGUCAACGCGUUGGCUUAUCAGCAUGAUGGUGCUAGACCUCACUUCUCAGUUCCAGUUAGAAACCAUCUCGAUGCCAAUUACCCCAAUAGAUGGAUUGGCCGUGGAGGUUCAGUAAAUUGGCCACCGCUAUCCCCUGAUCUGAAUUCAGCUAGAUUAUUUUUCAUGAGGUCAUUUAAAGUAAAAAGUUCAUAA